UCAUUUGUUUUUUUAAUGGUGUGGAGGCUGGCGGAGAAAAAGAGCAUUUAUCUGGCUUAUCCACUACGGGAUUGCAAAGAAAUGGCUCUCCUCAGAUUUAAUCCACUUCCCUGUACCACUUCUUCUUCAGUUUCUUCUUGCUCAAAAUUCUUUCCCAUUGCUGUUUUACCAAUUUACAGGAUGCGGCUAAAAGCCAUUGAUCAUCCUCCCUCAAAAUGUUUAAUUGCCACACAAUUUGUACCCAACAAGAAAAGAUUGGCCAUGACUGUAAAAGCAUCUUCUGCAAGUACCGAUGGCGAGGCGCAGCUUCCAGCAGAAACCAAGAAGGAAGCUUUGCCAGUGGAACGGCUGCCUUUAGAGUCUAAGAUGCAGCAGAUGAUGGAGCAGAAGAUGAGGAUGAAGCUGGCCAAGAAAAUAAGACUUCGUAGAAAGCGACUUGUUCGCAAGAGGAAGAUGAGGAAGAAGGGACGAUGGCCGCCUUCUAAGAUGAAAAAAUUAAAGAAUGUGUGACCUUAGCAGGUUUCGUCCUCACCCUUUUGCUUCUAUUUGUAGAUGUUAUUAUUUAUCUAUCUUUUUGUUAAUCAGUGAUGAACUCUCAGUGAACUGAAUCUGCUUGCUGUUAUUCAAUUUCUUUUUGGCUAGAUUCUAGACUUGUAUUUCUUUAUCCGAUUUGAUAGACAAAUGUCCCAAGUACCUGCAUGAUUUUGCCAUCUUUUAAGCACAAUUAUUUCAGCUAAUUUUUUUUUAAUUUAAAAGAUUUCACCAAGCAUCAAUCAACUCCGAGUUAGUGUCACGGACCGCGUAUGAGUUCUAGACAAAAAGGAUACAUGACAAGACUUGCUCAAAAUGGUGUGGAUAAAGUACC